AUGGCAGACAACGAGAAUCUGCGUACAGCAUCCCUGUACAUCAACAAUCAACUGCUCUCGCGAGGUCUCCUGAGCGAUGGCCAAACAAUCAACUUCGCCGACCCGGACGACAAUCCUGGCGGCGUGGACGCUACCAUGGGCAAGAUCAUGAGCAUAGUCAAUGACUUGAUUCUGCGCCGAGACCGCGACGCCGAGCACCGCGAGAACCUCUCCACCACGCUGCGAACCAUCCGAGCCGAGAACCUCCGGUACACGAACGAUAUCGCACGCCUCUCCGAGAAGCACACCGAAGCACAGCGCAAGCUCGACAUCAGCGAGGCCACAGAGAACACGCUCCGUACCCAGCUCAAGUCGGCCGAUGCUGCUGCCCGCGGCCUCAAAGACGAAGUUGCCCGUGCCAAGACGCUUGUUGCCCAGACACGCGCCUCGUGCGCGACGGAAGUUCGGCGUCGUGAUCGUCAGAUCGAUGGGCUGAAGAAGCAACUGGGAGACGCUGGCCGUCCUCGCGGCGCGGCGAAGAGCUCUGCGGUCACCGUCAUCAGCGUCGUCGCCGGCGAGGGCGAGGAGAAGAUAACUCCUAGGCGCGGCGGCCGGGGCACCAACACCGAGGACUCAAACUACGAUUUGCGGAACGAGACGAACGGGUUCCUGACCGAGCUGUCGCACAACCUCAGCGAAGAAAACGAAUCCCUGCUGGCACUUGUUCGACAAACCACGAAGAAACUGCGCGAGAUGAGCGGCUGCGAUGUCAGGCCGAGCCAGGGAGACGGCCACGCCGUGGCUUUGCCCACUGCCGAGGACAUGGCAACAGAGCUCGACGCCAUUCUGGAGCACUUGCGAUCCAUUCUCACGAACCCUUCAUUCGCCCCUAUUGAGGAAGUUGAAGUCCGUGAAGAGGAGAUCGCCCGCCUUCGCGCUGGUUGGGUCAAGAUGGAGAACCGAUGGCAAGAGGCCGUCCACCUUAUUGAUGGCUGGCGUCGGCGUAUGGCUGUCGACGGCAAGCCGGUCAACUUGGAGGAGCUCAAGAUGGGUCUUCGUUUGAGCCCCGUUCGUGUGCGCAAUGUUGAGGAAACCCAGCAGGCAGGCGCAGACAUGCACGAGCUCUCCUGCGUUCAGGAGGAGUGCACCGCGGAUUUUGACGGAGAAGAGGAGGGCGAAGAGGAGGAGGAGGACGACGAGGAAAUGCCCGAGUCUCCCUGCCCGCAGCCGCAGAGAGUCGAGUCUCUUCACCUUGUUCCCGCCCCUGAACGCAACGAGACCGGUCCUCGCGAAGUCCAGUACGACGACCUCGAGGAAGAAGAUCGCAGCGACUAUGAGUCCAGCAUCUUUGAGGAUGUCGACGUUGAAGAGCUCGACAUUGAAGAGCCCAACGUCCAAAUUCUCCAGCAAUCCACUGCCUACCUCAGCUCACCUCCUCUUCCACCUGCCCCUCAGCUGAGCCCUCUUAAAGACUCUUCCUCUGCCGGCAACCGCGAUGUGCGCCAGCGCCGUGAGAAGCCCGGCGACUUCACCACCAUCGCCGAAGAAAAGACCUGGGAGAUCCGCGCCGUUGACGCCGCACCUAAGCCCCCACCACACCGUACCCAGCUUCCGCGAUCACCGCAGAAGCCAUCCUACCCCGUCGAAGACUGCUCCCGCACCACCUCGGCGGCCUCAAUCGACUCCGAGUCAACCCACAACGGCGCCCCUCUCAAGACGCCUGCCGAAUCACCUCCCGCUUCCAUCAAUCAGACACCUACGGCCCGUAAACUUCCCAAGCCGCCUCACCUGGUAACAGCACAGCCAACCUCCGCACCAGCGGAAUGCCGCUCCCCAACGACCACCGUCCGCACGGUAUCCCAAGAGAGCAACGAAAGCAACGACGGCCCACCACCUGGUCCAGCCACGCAACCAAACGGCGCAAGAGCGACGCCGGCUCGCACACCUCUGCGACGCGUGCCUUCGCGUCUGCCUCUUCCCCGGCCGGCAGAGCCUCAACCUCAGCAGAGCCCCUUGACGAUGGCCACCAUCGCAGCCAAACUCGCCGCCUCAGAGCGCGAAGCCGAUGCCGCCCGCGUACGCGCCAAGCUCAAGGCCGCUCGCGGUGGCACAGUCAGGUCGACUGCACCACCCCCGCAGCAGACUGUGCGAGCCAUGCCUCCCCCUCCACCCGAGACCAUCGUCGCUGUUCCACCUGAGCCCCAGCAGCCCAACGGCGCCGACGCAUCCGACUCGAACCACGACCUGGACCCCGUCAAGCGUGACCUCCCACAAGACGAGGAUAAGCCACUGUCGCCCCCCAAGCGCAAGCGCGAGAGACGCGUCAGCAAGGUCCAGUCGAGGAGGAGGAGCACACUCAGCCCCUGGGAGAUGGAGAGCCUCAUCUCCGGCAACGUCGCCGUGCCCCCGUCGCCCGCGCGGCAAUGA